AUGGGCAUGGAAUCUCAAGAAGGUGGAAGACCGGACUCGCUCAUCGACUACGGUGAUGCUAUAGACUACUGGACCGCGGUGCCAGCGACUGUGGAUGGUGUUCUAGGCGGAUACGGCGAGGGAACGGUUGUUCCCACGAUGGAUGUGCUGGGAUCGAACCAUUUUCUGCGUAAACUGAAGUCAAGAAUGGUAGUAGAGCCGGGUUUCAGGAAGAUCGGUGCUGACAUUGGGGCUGGCAUCGGCCGUGUGACCAAGGACAUGCUGUCGAAACAUUGUGAUGUGGUUGAUCUGCUCGAACCCGUCACGCCGUUUGUCGAGCAGAUGCGCUCCGAAUUGCAGGAGCUGAAGGACCAGGGAAAGAUCGGUGAGAUAUACGCCAUCGGCAUGCAGGACUGGGAGCCGCAGGAGGGCAAGUACUGGCUUAUCUGGUGUCAAUGGUGCGUCGGCCAUCUGCCGGACGAUGAACUGGUCAAGUUCUUCGAAAGAUGCAAGAGGGCAUUGCAGCCAAACGGCACGAUUAUCGUGAAAGAAAAUAACACGCCUACCAACAACGACGAUUUCGAUCCACAGGACUCCUCAGUGACGCGAUCGGAUGCCAAGUUUAAGGAGCUUUUUGAGAGCGCUGACCUGAAGCUAAUAGCCACGGACAGACAGAAAGGCUUACCAAAAGAACUCUAUCCAGUGAGAAUGUACGCCUUGAAGCCCAAGACUACGUAG